CGUCUGGACGUAUGUAAAAGAGAAUGUGAAGUACUUUUGUCCGAGUCCUCGUAUGGAAAAAAAAAACACAUUAUCAUCAAAGCAGAAUUUGGUUGGAUCAAAUGUAGUCCUCUAUGUUGGAUUGUAGGUUUGAUUGUUAUGAUAAUCUUGCUAACGGCUGUACUGAUGCUUACCAAGAGAAUGAUGAAGAAGCAGCAGAGGGUUGUUACAACGCCACAACAACCUGCAGGAGAGAGUGGAGCAGCUGAUCAAGACUAUCAAUCCCUUCAGCCUGUUACAAUGGAUGAACACCAAGUCUCAAGCAAGAUCAGACCAACCAACAAGGGUCACGGGGGAGCUGGAGCCAAUCCCAGCCGUCAAUAGGCGAGAGGUGGUGUACACCCUGGACUGGUUGCCAGUCAAUUACAGGCCUGAAAUACAGAGACAGACAACCAGCCACACUCACAUUCACACCUAUGGGUAAUUGAGAGUCACAAGUUGGCCUAACGAGCAUGUCUUUGGACUGUGGGAUGAAGCUGGAGUACCCGGAGAGAACCCACACAUGCACGGGGAGAACAUGCAAACUCCACACAGAGAGACUCCUGUCAGACGGGGAUUUGAAGAAAAACAUUCCAUAUCCAAGAUUUAUAGCCAAAGCAUUGUAGCACCCUCUUCUUUCAGUCCUGUAUUGUAAAUUUUUGACAGGUUCCAUGACUCGUCCCCGUGCUUUGCUGAUUAUUAGGGGUACAUUCAUUCAGCCUACAGGCCGCUGACUUCGAAACAAUCACACAACUGUAGCAUUACAGACUAUACAGAUAAUAAAAAACGUACUCAGCAUGUCUACAAGAAAGGAUAUUUUUAGUUUGAGUUUGUUAAAUAAUAGGCAUUGUUUUUUUGGUUAGAAUUAUCACAAUUGCAAUGCUAAUUAUGUAAGCCAAUUAAUUGCAGUUUACAUAAUGUGUUAGCAUCAAGCUAGGUGACUAUAAUGCACAUCCCUGUCUAUCUCUGAUCUAAACUCUGUACCUAAAUGCAUUUGUGACUCUCUUCUAAGUAACUAAUUUAGCAAAUUUGUAAAUGCAGCGUGUCAUGGUCUUUUAGAUAAGUCUAUUUUUUAUUAUUAAUGUUCUGGUUUAGUGAAUCUCACACUUCCUGAUGGAGUCAUACUAAUACUAAUUUCUUCCACAAAGCCAUGUCAGAACUUGGAUUGAUUGAUUUAUUUAAAGGGGGGGACCAAAGUGCCCCUCGUUUUUUGAUGAUCUUCUUUAUGUCAUUGAUUAUCUAUCCAAAUGGAGCGUAGCGUUAGUUCAGGCAGGCCACGGAGUCACACUCUGUUAUCAUGCCAGAGUUUCGGUAACAGCUGACCUCAGGCAGCCGCAUCAGCUGAUAGCCAGCUGAUUUGCUUCGAAGCGUCUUAUUGGCCAAAUAGUACAUAUGCCACCUUAUUUAAACUGCUCUAGCCUGCCUACUUUUGCUGCUCCCUCUGCAAGCCGCAUUUCCAAGUGCAUUUGCAGCCCUUCUCCUCCUCCUCCUCCUUUUCUGUUAUUCUGACUUAAUCAAUGUCAUGCUUGUCAUUGAUGCUUGCUCUGUCGGGGUUUGCUGUUUAUCUCCAUGCCUUAUAGCUUUCCUUGUAUGCACGGGAAGGGCAGGAAUGUGUGCUGUUCCUGGAGAUCUCUCACAGAGCCAUACCGCCAAAUAUAAAUAAUUGCGUCAAAGUAUUCUUUUGACAAAGCGGUCCUGACUGAACUAUGUUUUUUUGUCAGUUUCUGCAACAUAUUCACUUUUCACCUUCUAACAUUAAACUUUAUUUUGUUUUCUCAGAAUAAUGUUCUGUAGCCGAUGACCAGCCGAUGCGGCUCCAUUCAGACAAACACACAUGUAUGGGUGCUACCUGUUUAAAAUACAGUUUCUACAUGCUUGGCUAGGUUAUACUGUGAAGACAGAUGCUUUUUUGUGGUUGGACGAAAGAAACGGAGCGAGGGGCAGAAUACAGAUUAAAAUGAGAAAGGGGGGUGAUAAGGAGCAAAGAGAUGAGAGAAGAAGAAGGGAGGUCAUUUGAAGAGAAAAGGAGUCAGGAGUAAAAGGUCAAAGAGGCAGGUGAAGGAUGAAACGGAGAGGUUAAAGAGGACUGUGUGUGUGUGUGUGUGUGUGUGUGUGUGUGUGUGUGUGUGUGUGUGUGUGUGUGUGUGUGUGUGUGUGUGAGUGUUUGUGAAGGAAAUGGAGGGGCUUUUGGUCCUUGGUAGGGCUGAGAGGAAGAGGAAGUUAUAAAAACAGUGGUUAGACUAACACACUAAAUGACUGCCCGUCCUUUUCUUCAUGAUGAAAAUAUGUGCGUACACUUGUCUUCUGUGUGCUCUGAGUGCGGUGCAGAUGAAGACUGUCAACAUAAAUAAUCGUGUCGGGGAAAAUGUGACCAUCAGGUGCUCAGGCUGGGACGUUUGGUGGAAUGUAAAUGACAAUGUUAAGUACCUUUGUUCAAGUCCUUGUAAGGACAACAAACACAUUAUCAUCAAAGCAGGAUAUAAAAAGAUCAACCGUAAGGAUCGAAUUGAGUUAUUCAACAAUGGAGAGGUUUUAUAUGUGACCUUCACUGAUCUUCAAAAGUCAGACUCUGGAAAAUAUUAUUGUGGAGUGGAGAUAGUUGGGAAAGAUGCACUCAUAGAGGUGAAUGUUAACAUCAAGGAUGCUGAGCCUUCCAGUCCCAUUAAGACUCCAAUAACAGUCACUGUUACUGUAACAACAACCAGCCCUGUUACAUCUCCACAUGUCUCUGAUGGUUUUACUGACAUGUCUACGACAAACCAAACCUUAAAUACCACAACACUGCCUGCAUCAGACACACAAGGAGCUGGAAAUGUUCUAUAUCUGAUGAUCGCUUUCAUUUUCAUAUCAACACUUCUGAUGGUCAUUCUGCUUCUGAUAAGAAAGAUGAAAAACAAGAAACGGAAGGUUGUGUCAAGUGCUCAUGUGCCACAGGAAGAUGCACGGGAGGCUGUUGAAUCUGAUGACAUCCGACUUGAAGAUCAGCAACCAGUGAGCCGACAUGAAAGGUCGUCGACCCUCUACUCCCCUGUAGAUCCAGACAGCAUCUACAUGAAUUCCUCCAACCACCAAGACACCGAAUCAGCAGCUCAGGGUGACAACUACUAUUCAAACGACGUUCCUCUAAAUCAAGCCUCCUUCUCCGGGGUCCAUUCAAGAGGGCCAUGUUUUAACUCUGUGUACUCUGUUGUUCAAAAACCCAAACACCGUAUCAAUCCCAUUAGGAAACCUAAUCAAUCCGGAAGCAACGACGAUGACUCUUUUUAUUCUCUGGCUCAGCUAACAACUUAAAUCUGAUUACGGGGGAUGUAACGAUACAUCAUGAUACAAUAAAAAUCUAAUCUUUUUAGGUCGAGUACAAUCACUUCUAUCUGAACCAGUUCUCUUGCCUGCUUCCAUCACUGCAACACCUGUUGGUU